UUCAAUUCGUAAUCCAACAACCAUCAAUUUUACUUUGAUGUUGAACUUUCUAUGCCUAUAGUCGGUCCAUUAAUUUCUGAAUUAUUAGUGUUUCGCACAGAAUUUAAUCUAAGUGCAGGUAAUGGGAAGGCUGUUUGAGUGAAAAUGAAGUCCGUUGCGGCUUACAUUCGCAGUUUAUUAGGAUGGUGUGAAGAUGAUGCUCAAAUAAGAACUCCUAACAAAAGAUUCAGGUCUGAUCCCGAUGAAGUGUGGCUUGACGAACAAGGUCCCAAAAGAUUGAAAAACAUACAGAAUACAACUUUUCCUGCUAUGUCUUCAAAAGAUAUUAUAUUAAAUGAAGACAGGCACUAUAAAAAUGUAAGAUAUGUGCCCAUACAAUUAGACGGUAAUCAUCCCAGUACAUCUACUCCUUACAUUAACAGUGGAACUGAGAGAAAUGUACCAAUUCAGAUAGUAGGUAGAGCACAGAACGGAUCCACAACUCCCUCAAGAAAACCUAGAAUUCAUACUCCUAUUCAUCCAAUUAAGGCUGUUCUUGUUGAUGAGGAUGAUGAUGAUGAUGAAGAGGUAACAAUAAUAGAGUCAAAACCCCAAACAAAUAAGCCCAAGGAGGUGUACUUGACUUUGGAUGAUGAUGAUGAAAAUCAGACUGAAGAUGACGACAUAAUUUUUGUUAAAAAGAUAUCAAGCCCACCAAUUAAACAAUACAAAUUCUUUCCAAGCAAAAAUGUUGGUGUACGAGAAUUUAGUGAUACCAGCGGGGUUAAGUAUAAAAUGAUUCGACACAAUAAAGAUCGAAAUACUGCAUCGUCAAAAGUAUACAGUCCUAUAAGAAAUAAUUCGAAAAUUGGUAAAUUAUAUAAAAAACAACCAACUAUACCCUUGCCAAAUUGGGUCAAAGAGAGGGCUUCCAUAAAUUCGCGUGUAAAAAAUUCGUAUGAAUUAAAUGGAAAUACACAGUCUACAUUAUUAAGAUUGUUUAAUAUAGAAGAAAAGAAUAAUUUUAGAGAGUUAAUUAAGAAAGUUGCUGAAACCAAUAAAUCUUUCCAAGCUUACAGACCUAUUGAUAUUAUAAAUCUAGCAGAUGAAUCUGCUUCAUAUAGAUUAACAAGAAAGACGCAGAAAAGUUCCCUCAAUGAAAUUAAACAAUUACAAAAGGAUAUUAAAGUGGCUAAUGAUAAUGACAGUGAAUAUGAUCCAAUCACAGUGACCUCAAUUAAUUCUGAAUCUGAUGUAGAUAUAAUACCAUCAGAAUCUUCUACUGUAUCAUCUGUCAGAAUUGAUCCUAUAAAUACAUUAAAAGACUCUUAUAAUGACAAAAGUGUCACAUCCAGUGAUUGGCUACAAAAGUUGGAAACAAAAUAUAGGAAAAAGAAACAGGAGAAUCAGGAAAAGUUGAAAGAUGCAAGCAAUGAGUCAAAUAUUAUAUCAAAAGUAAAUUUUGAAUGUAACCUAGCACAAUUGAGGCAUAAGUUAAAGUUUGACUUGUGUAUACCUGAGAGUUUUAUUGAGGAGGAACCAGCUAAAGUAGAAUUACCUCCAUUAACAGCCGAACAGGAGAAAAUUGUAAGCAAGGCUUUAGGUCCAGGACCGGCCGGACAAGUGGUCAUUGAAAAGUUUAGUUUAAGAAUAACAAGACGUGAUCUCCAAACACUGUCGGGCCUCAACUGGUUGAAUGACGAAGUAAUAAACUUCUACAUGAACCUACUGAUGCAGCGCAGCCAGGAAAAAAAAGAUCUACCGAAAGUAUAUGCCACAAACACUUUCUUCUAUCCAAAGCUAAUGCAGAGUGGACAAGCCGGGCUCAAACGCUGGACACGAAAGGUUGACAUAUUUGCCCACGACUUGAUGGUGAUCCCCGUGCAUUUAGGAAUCCACUGGUGCAUGAGCAUCAUUGAUUUUCGAGAGAAGAAGAUAUCAUACAUGGACAGCAUGGGCAGUCCGAACAAUAAAUGUUUGGAUGCUUUACUUAAAUAUCUGAGAGACGAACACCAAGAUAAGAAGGGCCAGCCCUUUGAUGACAGUGGGUGGAGCACUGCUAACUUAAAGGACAUUCCACAACAAAUGAAUGGCAGCGACUGUGGCAUGUUUGCAUGCACGUUUGCUGAGUUCAGCACUCGGAAUGCGCGCUACACCUUCACACAGGCGCAUAUGCCCUAUUUGAGACGAAAGGCUGCAUUGGAAAUAGUGCAAGGCAAACUCUUAUUGUAACUUAGAUCACGCUGAAAACAUCCGGAACUCAGGAACCUACUAGAUCAACAGAAUAGCUGGAUGUUGGACUGUUUGAUUGGAAUAAAAGAAAUCAAUUUUUAUUUUGGAUGCAGCACAGGAUAAUGGCAAUGUCCAAGAUCUGAUCUGCCACUUGUUACCGGGCAGUAACUAAGCAUAGAAUAUAUCACAAUGUAUGAGAGGAAAAUGUAUUGCAGUAAAUAAUACACUAUAUAUAUUAAUAUUGAUGAGACUUGGCAACAAAAGUGUCUGUGAAUUUUCCUGAGGUUAUAUGAAAUAUUGUUAUUUUAUGAUGUACCAUUUCAAUAUUGAACAUGAAGCUGCUAACAUUGGUAAAAACUGAGAAUGUACAAUAAUAAACGUCAUUGCUGUGAAUUUGGAGCUAAAAUUGAGAUAUUGAGAAUAGAUCAUAAAUUACAUCGUAGAAGUUGAAGUAUUGGCUACUUGACUGAAUGACAAAGAUAUGUGUGUUUAGAAUAACUUUAACAUCUUCAAAAAUUUUCAUCUUUCGUAACAACAAUUGUAACUUUGUGUCAAAUAUUACGUUGUCGGUGUUUUGAAUAAUAACAGAAUAAAUGUGCUUGACCCAGUAGUGUAGUGGAUUUUUAGUGUUGUGUAUAAAUUAUUGUCAUAAGUAGUAAUGGUAAGAUUGAGGUAGUGUGUUACAGUUUUGGAUAAAAUAACUUAUUAUACAUAUAUAUGCAUACACAGAACCGGAUAGCAACUAACAUAAAUAUUAAGGGUAUGUUCCGAUAUGCACUGCGACCACUGUACAGUGUGACGUAAAUUUAGUAUACUGUGAAGCCGUUCCUUUAUAGCCAGUUAUACUGGUUACUAUUUAAAACGGAACGCAAUCCCGUAUACUGUCAGCCGAAUUUUUUGACGCAGCAUUCCAAUGAGUGUAUUAAAAUUUUCUAGUUCAUUAAAAAAAACUGUUGUUGGAGUAUUGUCAAAUUAAAAAUAUUUGGGAUUAAACUGGAGGUAUUGUUUAUAAAAUGUUAGGCAAUCGAGUGGUUUUGACUGAUCACGUGAUCAAAGUACUGCGAGUACCUUACCUCGAAAACGCCAGUGCUCACAGUAGAAUAUGGCGGCGACUUAUGACGUCAUAUAUUUCCUGGGGUACUGGCAGUCCAUAACGGAAUGAUUUAAUGUACAGUGAUAGCACUGUGCAGUGCUCGCAGUACAUAUCGGAACAUACCCUAAAGCAAGUUAUUAUUCCAAAUAGCCAUUUAAUUCUCAUCGCAGAAACUAAAUAGUUCAGUCAUUUUAAAUCUUAUGACACAGGUUAAAGUUGAAAUAAUAUAGACAUAUUAUUUCGUUUUUUUAUCAAAUUAUUUAAACAAGGACAUUACUUAGUUUAAGGUAAUUUAAAUGUACAUAUGUGAUUGAAACGAACUUACUUGAAAUACAUUUAAGAUAUUAAUUUGAAUGAAUAAAUUGCAGUCUAGUUGCUUUUUGAAAUUCUUUAUUGUGGAAUUAAUUACUUUAACAAUAAUUGGACGUAGUUAAGCAGAAAGGACUUAAACCACACAAAGGCACUUUUAAAUUAUAGCUGUGUACAUAUUCGACCUUCAGGAAUAAGCUGACAUACAUAUUCCUGAUCUUGAUGAUAGCUUAACUACGUACAAUUACUUUAAAAAUAUCUCUUUAAUAAAUUAAAAUUCUAAUUAAAAAAACCGCGUCUAUAUGUACUUUGAAAAAUAAACAAAACCGAAUAGAAGCUUCCGAACAGAGUUAAUACUUUCACAGAAUAGUGUCACCUUCAUUGUCAUUCAAUAAAACUUAGAGUACCUACAUAUUAUAUAUAUAUAUAU